GCGCAGCGGCGGCAGAGUGAGCAGCGUUAGCAGCGUUAGCAGCAGCAUGGCGGCGGCCGAGGGAGAGGAGGCGACCGUGUCUCUGGUGGAUGUGCUGGAGGAGGAUGAGGAGCUGGAGCAGGAAGCCUCGGCUGUGCUCGGAGGCAGUGACUCGGAGAAAUGCUCAUAUCCCGAGGGGUAUGUGAAGCGUCAGGCUCUGUACGCGUGUAACACCUGCACACCUAAAGGAGGAGAAGCAGCAGGAAUCUGUCUCGCCUGUUCAUACAAGUGUCAUGAAGGUCACGAACUCUUCGAGCUCUACACCAAGAGGAAUUUCCGGUGUGACUGUGGGAAUGAGAAGUUUGGAGAGAUGGAGUGCAGGUUAUUCCCGGAGAAAGAGAAGACUAACUGUGGGAAUAAAUACACUCACAAUUUCUUCGGGCUGUACUGCACGUGUGAGAGGCCGUACCCUGACCCAGAGGACGAGGUUGCUGAUGAGAUGAUCCAGUGUGUGGUGUGUGAGGACUGGCUGCAUGGCCGGCACCUGGGCUGUGUGGUCCCGGAGUGUGUGGAACUUCAGGAGAUGAUCUGUGAGUCCUGUAUGAAUAAAUCUCAGUUCCUGUGGAUCUAUGCUGCUCACCUUGCCGUGCCUCCUACAGUGAAGGUGUGUAAAGAAGAGGAGGAGAGUGGCAGAGUGGAGGUGGAGCAUGAUGAAGAGGAGAAGAAAACAGAAGUCAAGAGCUUGCUGAAUGAAAAGGUGGAGGCGUGUGAGCAGGUGGAGGCAUGUGAGCAGGUGGAGGUGAACGGGACGUCCGGCUGUAAGAGGAAGCUGCAGGAGCUGGAGGCUGAAGGUUCAGGAUGCAGGUUUCAGGAGAUGAAGUUGUCAGGAAAGAGUCGGGUUCAGCAGGGAGCUGUGUUCUGGCCCGCGGCCUGGCGCACUAAACUCUGUUCCUGUCAACACUGUAAGAGUGUGUUUGUGGAGGGCGGAGUCUCCUUCCUGUUGGACGAGACAGACACAGUGCUCGCCUACGAGACCAAGGGCAAAACCACAGAGCAGGCGAACGGAGGCGAGGCUCGAGACCCGCUCAUGUCUGCGCUCAACAACCUGAACCGUGUUCAGCAGCUCGAGAUCAUUCAUGAGUAUAACGACAUGAAGACGGAGCUGAAGGAUUACUUACAGAGGUUUGCAGCAGAGGGAAAGGUGGUGACUCCGGAAGACAUCCGUCACUUCUUUGAAGAGCAGCAGAGUCGCAAAAGACGGAGAGCCAACGCCGGGCAGUACUACUGCAGCUGAAUCCUCCUUUAACUAAAACCCCGCCCCCAAAACCCUCCAUGUUCACAAUCGUGCUCCUUUUGUAAUAAAUAUCAUUCUAAAGAUGCAGCCAUGAAUCCAGAAGCCAUGGUGUUGGUGUUGAGAUCAGGCGUCUGGUGCAGAUGUUAAAUAAAGUCAUGAAUGAAUGACUGUGUAGAACACACUAAAGCCCCGGGUUCACCAUCACACCUUCAGAUGAGUUUGAUUUCCCUCCUCCUGCUCGUCAUUCAGGAUUCGUUAUAAACACGUCCUGAUUGAUUUCUUUUGGGUUUUUUUUUUGCACCAGUCCAUAUAUAAGGAAUUGCCGUGACCAAUAAUAAUUUUAUUCUUCUCUGUUUUAUCUGUACUUCAGUCCUUGCAUUACUUUGUAAAUGUAUGUUUGAGAGAUUAAACGUAUUAAUACUUUGAA